UUAAGGGACUUUGCUACAGCUCGACCAAUCAUCAACGCGAAUGCCGUAACGCGUUUUUCCGGCAUUGGGAAUCCACCCAGCCUGCUCGAGGCGACCAUGGCGCAAGAUUUGAAAGAUUGCAGGGUGUCUUGCAAACUUUCAUGGGAGGACCUCCAGGCUCUGUGCCGCAGAGAAAGACUUGUUUGCAAACAGCUGAGUGUGACAAAGAACAACUUUAAUGACUAUGAAGUGGAGUAUCUGUGUAACUACAAAAAACACAAGGGUCGAGAGUUCUUCCUGGUCAAGUGGAAAGGCUACACGGAGUCAGAAAACACAUGGGAGCCUCUCAAAAAUCUUAAAUGCCCCAUACUGUUACACCAAUUCCGACAAGACAUGAAGACGGCUCUGCUUGAGGCCAACAAACCGCUUGAUUCUGAGUCUUUAAGUGCCCCUAUAUUCGCCUUCCUUCUCCAGAGGGCCAAGCAACGUUUGAAGCUUCAGAAAUGGGAAGACCUCAUGAACCAGACCUGCAAGCAGAAGGGCCGCAUAUUCAUCUGCAAUGAGGUCGACCUGGACGGGCCUCCUAAGAACUUCAUCUACAUUAAUGAGAAUAAGUUAGGGAAAGGAGUGAAUGUGAAUCCAGUGAUAGUGGGCUGUGAGUGUGAUGAUUGCUUCUCUCAGCCGGUUGAUGGCUGCUGUCCAGGGCUGCUGAAGCAUCGGAGGACAUAUAAUGACAACAGACAGGUGAAAGUGAUGCCCGGUGUGCCUAUCUGGGAGUGUAACUCCAAGUGCAGAUGUGGACCAGACUGUACAAACAGGGUUGUGCAAAAAGGUAUUCAGUAUGAUCUAUGCAUCUUCAAAACAGCCAAUGGCAGAGGUUGGGGAGUGCGGACGCUGCAGAGGAUUUACAAAAACAGCUUCGUUAUGGAGUAUCUUGGAGAGAUCAUCACGACAGAGGAAGCAGAGAGGAGAGGAGUGGUGUACGAUAAGCAAGGCGUCACCUACCUCUUUGAUCUGGACUAUGUGGAUGACGUCUACACCAUCGAUGCGGCUCAUUAUGGAAACAUCUCUCACUUUGUCAACCACAGCUGCGAUCCAAACCUGCAAGUGUAUAAUGUUUUUAUUGAUAACUUGGAUGAGCGCCUUCCCAGAAUUGCAUUCUUUGCAAAACGAGGGAUCAAAGCAGGAGAAGAGCUCACCUUUGACUACAAAAUGACUGUUGAUCCAAUAGAUGCAGAGAGUUCCAAAAUGGAUUCAGAAUUCAGUCGGGCUGGAAUUGAAGGAUCACCCAUCAAACGGAUCCAUAUGGAGUGCAAGUGUGGAGUAAAGACCUGCCGGAAAUAUCUGUUUUAAUCCAGCUCACACACAAUCAUGUGUACUAUGACAGGCAUCAAAAUACAUGUCAAGAUCUUAACACAUUUCAUGAU